CCUCGAGCAUCUGAUUGCUGGAAACUAGAAUGAAGAGCUGGUGGUCUGCGCCUGUGGGGAGGGAAGCCAUGCAGCUCUUCGUGAUGUCGCAUUCGGUCCUCAUUUCCGCGACUGGGAUUGAUGGCCGGCUGCCUGUGAUUGACAGUGAUGGGCUCACGAUCGUUUAUCAGUCGGUUCGUUCCCGCGUGGUUCGCAGCAGAGCAGAUCUAGAAUGCAACGCCAUUCUCGCUCGAUCCGCACAUCUACAAAUCUGGAACCCGCCAAGGUUGUGCUGUCAUGCGUUUUCACCGGGCUUUGACGGCCUUGAUCUGGCUGUUUGCAUCCGGGGCUUGGGCGACUGACAACGGCCUCACUGACGUGGUGUCGUGGGACAAGUACAGUCUCGUCAUUAACGAUACCCGGACGUACAUCCUCUCUGCCGAAUUUCACUACCAGAGAACGCCCGUCCCCGAAUUGUGGCCCGAUAUUCUGCAGAAAUUCAAGGCCAAUGGCUUCAACACCGUGAGCAUCUACUUCUUCUGGUCGUACCACUCGGCUGCCGAGGGCGUCUACGACUUUGAGACGGCGGGCAAGAACAUUCAGCGAUUAUUCGACUACUGCAAAGAGGCUGGGCUCUAUGUCAUCGCCAGAGCCGGCCCCUACUGCAAUGCCGAAACCAACGGCGGCGGCCUCGCUCUCUGGGGCUCUGACGGUCGCUUCGGCAAAAUCAGAACCUCUGACGAGCGGUACCAGGCCGGGUGGCUCCCCUUCAUCACGCAAGUGGGCAAGAUUAUCGCCGCGAACCAAAUCACAAACGGCGGCCCCGUUAUUUUGAACCAAGUCGAGAACGAGUACCAGGAGAGUGUCUACUCCCCCGACCACACCUCGGUCAUCUACAUGGAACAGCUGAAAAAGGCGUUCCACGACGCCGGCAUCGUAGUCCCGCUGACGCACAACGAAAAGGGCAUGCGAUCGCGGUCGUGGUCCACAGACUACAACAACGUCGGCGGCGCCGUCAACGUCUACGGACUCGACAGCUACCCAGGCGCCCUCUCCUGCACCGACCCGACGGUUGGCUUCAACGUCGUCCGGACCUACUUUCAGUGGUUCUCCAACUACUCCUUCACGCAGCCGAGCUACCUCGCCGAGUUUGAGGGCGGUUGGUUUUCCAACUGGGGAAGCCCGACUUUCUAUGACCAGUGUGCCUCGGAGCACGACCCGGCCUUUGCGGACGUUUACUACAAGAACAACAUCGGCCAGCGCGUGACCCUGCUGAGCAUCUACAUGAGCUACGGCGGAACGAACUGGGGACACUCCGCCGCACCUCAGGUCUACACGAGUUACGACUACAGCGCCCCUCUCCGCGAGACCCGCGAGCAGUGGACCAAGCUCUUCCAGACGAAGCUCAUUGGCCUCUUCACCAGAGUUUCGUCGGAUCUGCUCAAGGUUGAGAUGAUUGGGAACGGAACUGGCUACAGUCUUUCUUCAUCCUCGGCCUUUAGCUGGGUUCUCCGUAAUCCUGAUACCCAGGCUGGCUUUACCGUCGUGCAGCAAGCCAGCACCAAGUCCAUGACCCCCAUCCAAUUCGAUGUCACCCUCAACACGACAGGCGGACCCGUUACCGUCCCGAACGUUGUACUCAACGGUCGCCAGAGCAAGAUUCUCGUCACGGAUUACGCCUUUGGCAAGCACACUCUGCUGUACGCCUCGGCGGACAUUGCUACCUAUGGCCUCUUUGACACUGAGGUGCUCGUCUUCUACCUCCAAGAGGGCCAGACAGGAGAGUUCGCCUUCAAGGACGCAAGCGACCUCACAUUUGAGGUGUUUGGCGACACGGACUUGCAGGAGACGACAAACGGUAACCAUUCGGCUUUUACGUGGAAGCAGGUCGCCGGUUCCACGGUGGUCAAAUUCUCCAACGGCGCUCUCGUCUACCUGCUUGAGCAAAAGUCGGCGUGGCGUUUCUGGGCGCCCCCGACAACGUCAAACCCUACUGUGAAGCCCGACGAGCAGCUCUUCAUCCAGGGCCCCUACCUCGUCAGAAGCGCCAGCAUCUCUCACGGCGUCCUCCACGUCUCUGGUGACAGCGACAAGGCCACAACGAUUGAGGCCUACGUCGGCGAUAAGCCCAUCGAAACCAUUGACUGGAAUGGCCUGCGCUUGGCCGCCACAAAGACUGCGUACGGUUCCUUCACUGCUCAGAUUCCCGGUGCCGAGGACCGUGCUGUGACCCUCCCCGAGCUGUCAAACUGGCGCGCGGCCGAAGCCCUUCCCGAAGCGGCGCCCGACUACGACGAUUCCCGAUGGACCGUCUGCAACAAGACGACGACGCCUAGCCCGUACGCCCCAGUCACGCUACCGGUGCUCUACAGCUCCGAUUAUGGCUUCUACUCGGGUGCCAAGAUCUACCGCGGUUACUUUGACGGCGCCAACGCCACCUCGGUCAAUAUCACGGCCUCGGGCGGUUUGGCGUUCGGAUGGUCGGCUUGGGUGAAUGGGAAGUUCCUCGGCGGCGAUGUUGGGUCCGCUUCCGCAACGACAACCAACAAGACCCUCACGUUCCCUCGGUCCGCGUUGGUUGAGAAAAACAACGUCGUCACGGUUGUGGUCGACUACCAUGGCCACGACCAGGCCUCGACAGCCCAGGGUAUCAAUAACCCACGCGGCAUCCUCGGCGCCCAGUUGCAGCCCGGCAGCACACGCACCAACACGGGCUUCAAGCUGUGGAAGUUGGCGGGCGCAGCCGGCGGCGAGGCCAACAUCGAUCCCGUCCGCGGACCCAUGAACGAGGGCGGCCUCUACCCGGAGCGCCUGGGCUGGCACCUGCCCGGCUUUGCGCCCACCGGCUCCUCUUGGAAGCCCGAGUCCCCGCUCGUCGGUCUCUCCGGCGCGGGCAUCCGCUUCUACGUCACGGAUUUCACGCUCAACAUCGACUCGGACCUGGACGCGCCGCUGGGCAUCGAGUUCUCCGCGCCCGCAGGAACGACGGCACGCGUCAUGUUCUGGAUCAACGGGUACCAGUAUGGCAAAUACGUCCCGCACAUUGGCCCGCAGACACGGUUCCCUGUGCCACCGGGCGUGCUCAACAACCGCGGCCGCAACACCCUGGCCGUCAGCCUGUGGGCGCAGACCGACGCGGGUGCCAAGUUGGACGGGCUGAAGCUGGUGCGAUACGGGCAGUACCAGACGGAUUUCAAGUUCAACCGCGACUGGAGCUACCUCCAGCCCGGGUGGAAGGACAGGCAGGAGUAUGCUUAG